AUGCUCCCCAAUCUUGACCUCAGUUGGGUCGUGGUUUUAUUCACCCUACAUGGCCUUUCCUCUACAGUCUUGGCUUCUCCGAACAACGUCCUCGAAGAUAGAGCCGUUUACACUUGUACCGUUGAGGCCAACAAUGACGGCUCCGAUGAUUCCCCAGCCAUCCUCGCAGCCUUCAAGGAAUGCCGUAAGAAUCGCCGGAUCGUCUUUUCCAACACGACGUACAAUAUUGAAAAGAUGAUGACCACGACUGAUCUGGAGAAUACCCAGAUCGAGAUCCAUGGGACCUUGGUGUGGAGCAAAGACACCGACUACUGGCUCAGUAACCCGCAGCCGACCGGUUUCCAAAACGGCUCUGCGGCGUGGUUCCUGGGCGGGAAGAACAUCACAGUUGACGGCUUUGGAUAUGGAACCUUGGACGGUAACGGACAGGCCUGGUACAACCUAGUCAAAGGCCAGUCCAACUACCCCGACCGCCCUCAUGCCCUAGCAAUCUGGAAAGCGUCAGGCAUGACAGUGAGAAACGUACGCAUGGUCCAGAGUCAGAUGUGGACCAUCGCAAUAAUGCACUCACAGAACGUGCUAUUCGACGGCGUAUACAUCAACAGCACUACCAACAACGGGUACCCUGCCAGGAACACGGACGGCGCAGACACCAUUGACUCGGACCGCAUCACGUUCCGCAAUAUGUACAUCCGAAAUGGCGACGAUGCGAUUGCCAUUAAAGGCAACUCUACCAACAUCCUCAUUGAAGACUCCACCAUGGAUCACUCUCUGGGUAUAGCCUUUGGCAGUCUUGGCCAGUAUAAGAACGAGUUCGAGCGCGUUGAAAACGUGACUGUGAGGCGUAUCAAGGGCUUGGGGACUCGGUAUGGCGCAUAUGUGAAGACGUGGACUGGAGAUCAGGUUUCCUACUGUUGGUAUACACGUAGGCAGGUCAGACCUUUUGGUCGCAACUAG